CCCGGCCUCUCCCCCUCCCAGCCCCAGCCCCGCCCGUUCGGCUCCGGCCAGGCCACGGCCUCGGCCUCGGCCUCCUCCCCCUCAUCCUCCCCCUCUUCCUCCCCCACAGCUGGAAGCGCCGGCCGCGGCACAUCUGGCGCGGAGGGGGAUGGGGAGGCGGCCGGCGUGGGGCCCGCGGAGGUCUCCGAGCAUCGUCAGAGGAGAGUCGGGGGCAACGCGGGUGGGCCGGGGAGUCCCGGCGUCUCCGAGGGGGCGGGCUGGCGGAGGGAGGCUGGCCCGGGCGCUGGGACCCGGGACAGACCAGGACCCCGAGUUGACGGGCUCCACGGGCACGCAACGCCGUGGCCAGGGGGUCGGAAGCGGCUGGAGUCACGGAUCCUCGGAGCUGAGAGUCUGGCUAGCAGGGGCCAUGCAGCCCUGCAGGAGAUCCCAGGGAGAGGGGUCCGCAGACUCGGCUCUGUCCGGGGGGCUCUGGACUCCUGGACGCGCGAGCCAUAAGGAAACUGAGACCCAGAGAGCCUGUGACUUGCCCAAACUAACAGAUGUAGCAAGUGUUGGAGGCAAGAUUUGUAUCCUGUGCCCCAGGGGGCCAAAGCCCCAUGCUUAUCUUGGUUGCAUCCUUUCCAUUCAACCCAAUCCAACCAGCUGUCCUCAAGCACCCCUCCUGUACAGAGCCAUGUCCUGCUGCUGCUUUCCUGGG